AUGAUGACGUGCCGUCUGCUGUGCGCCCUGUUGGUGCUUGCCCUGUGCUGCUGCCCGUCCGUGUGCGUGACAGCGACUGAUGAAGAUCCAAAUAACGACAACUCCGGUUUAUCGCCUGCUAAGCCACCUGCAGCAGGAGUUCUGGGGCAAGCAAAUACUUCCACGACGUCAAGUUCAACAGGUCCGGAAGUUACGUUACGGGAACCCGAAAAUCCGGAAGAUGAGGGAGAAGCAUCAGAAACGAGGAUUGUUACCGGAAGAGGUAUAAGUGGAGUGGCUAUUACGCCAGGGAACUCAGAUCCAACACGUUCGCCGUCUGAUACAGAACAGGGACAGGGUGGAUCCGGUGGGUCAGGGAGUUCAGGUACGGCGGCCGAUGCGGUACAUAAAAAUAGUGACGACGAUACGACAGACUCAACACGUGGCAAUAUUCCACCCACAGACCAAACAAAUACGAAUGCUGGCGAUCCGGCCGAGAAGACCACGGCGACCACUACCACUACAACGACAACCACGACAACCACUACAACACAGGCACCAACUACCACGACUACGGAGGCGCCAACUACAACGACCACCACUCGCGCACCGUCACUUCUUCGCGAAAGCGACGGCAGCCUCAGCGGCUCUGCGUGGGUGUGUGCCCCGCUGCUGCUUGCCGCAUCCGCGCUGGCGUACACCACUCUGGGCUGA